AUGGCAUCACUGGGGCAAGGACCCGUUAUGGGAAUGAUGACUGCUGGCCAGCAACAACAACAGCAGCAGCAGCAGCAGAAUGGAACCACAACAACUGGCAAGAAGGGAAGCAGUAAAAGGUCCAAAGCUAACAAAGCAAAUGCUGCAGCCGUGUCAUCUCUGAGCAACGAUGAACAGCAACAGCAGCAGCUGCUAAUGGCACGGCGCAAGCAGCAACCACUGAUGACAGCGGGGCAAACGCAUCCUGGGCUACCACCCGGUAUGCUACCCGCACAGGAUUUCUACAUGCCGCAGGGUAUGUGUGCUGCUGCUGGUACCAUGCCACCACCUUCUGCAAUGCAACCACGGCAACAACAUCCAUUCGCGCCAAUGGUCAAUAAUGUUGCCGCAAUGAACGCUGGAACGAUGGCGCAAUUUGAUGCUUUUGAUGGUACGCUGUAA